CAUAUCAAAACGAUUCGAAGUUAUGUACGCAAAAAGCUAAAAAAAAUAAAAAUGUUGCGUUCCCGCGUUUUGAAUUUUGCGUUAUCACUAAGUUAUCACAAAUGUUUUUUCUUGUUUUUUCCCCUGGUUUUCGCGAUAUUUCAUGCAAAAAAUAUGAUCGUAUUUUCGUUUAAUUAAUAGUUGUAAUUAUAAUUUACGGAAGAUGGUCAUUCACUAAGCUAAGAACAUUCAUCUGCCAAAAUGACCUCCAUUCAAAAAUUCCUCUCGUCCUGGCACAAGUUGAUUUCAGAUGGCCAAAUCGAAAUCGCUUAUGAGCAGCUGAAGUCGGAAAUCGCGGAACAGAAAUGGACCAUCGAUCAAGAAAACAAGAUGGCUAAUUAUUGCUUGGUUUGCACGAAUAUGAAAACUUAUGAAUUCUAUAAAAAGAAAGUAAAAGAUCAGUCAAUGGCACAGCAGAUAUUCCGAAUGACGGACUUUUGUUGCCGUAUCAUUGGAAAAACAUGGAAGUGUAAAGUUCCAGAUUUCAUAGGUUGUCUACGCGUCAUCUGUGAAUAUUUCCUAGCUUCGGAUAGUGUAUACGAAGCUCUAGUCAUUAGCCAAUAUAGAACGGAAUUUGUACACGUUCACAAUGAACGCGAAUCGUCAAAAGAUGAGAACACAAAAAUCACCGAUGAUAUGGUGUUAUUUUAUCUGCAUCAUUUGCAUAAAAUGCCGAUGAAUGACUUGGAAGUCAUACUUGAUAUAUGGAAAUUCGUAUUAUCACCUAAAGUAAUCGAGGUCACGAGUUCAAAUAUCUCGUCAAUUUUACUAUCGUUCGGGAAUUUUUGCAGUAGAGCAAAUUCAACCGAAGGUGUCAAAUCUAGUCUACUUAUCAUGUGGUAUCUGAGUGAAAUACCUUUGGCCAACUUCACCGAAAAAGAUAUCGACAUCUUUGUGUAUAUAUGUGAGAUUAUAAUUCGGCAUUUAAAAACGGAUCAGCUGAAGAAAAAUAUUUCAAAAUUGAUUUGUAAUAUUGAACAAAUGACAUUAUUGUACCGUUCCGGCGAACUUCCAGUCAUUUCGUUCUGCUGCGACAUUCUGCGGUUUUCUGUUUGCCGCUGUGAUUCUUCAAACCCUUCAAUUCUCGUCGAAAAUUGUUGCAAAGGAUUAGAUGCAGUACUGUCGGCCUCCUCGAUGUUAUGUUAUCGUGCCGCAAAUUUUGCUCGACUUGUGCUUGUUCAUGCUCAGAAUUAUUGGCUCAGUGGAGAAAAUUUCUUUUAUCGGAAAUUCUUGCCAAAUGUAUUUACAUUUUUCACCAAAUUAUCAGAAAUACUAAAACGUAUGGAAAUUAGCCAAAAUAAUACCAGCGAGAGAAAAUAUUGCGCUGUAUUAAGCUUAGCUAUUUUGAUCACUAAUCGAGUUCCUGAUUUAAGUAAAGAAGAACUGAUUAGUAUUUAUUUUCAUGUGAAAGAAAGCAUCAGUAUGUUAUUAGAAACUUACGACGAUGAUUGCGGAGUAGACAACGCUUACAAAACUCAGCUGUUCAAUAAUAUCGGUGUUCUUUCGUCCAACGUUGGUUGCUUGUACAUGAAAGCUAAGCUCUAUUCCGAAUGCGAAGAAGUUUCUUUAAUGGCCAUCGAAAAAAUUGCUGCUCUUUCGAAUGAUGUUGUGUUGAAUUGUUCCUUACAGUUAUACGUCGAGAAAUUGACCAUUUGCCUGUUUCGAUCGCAAAAAUAUGAAAGUGCGUUAAGAACAACAUGUACUUGGGCAGCAAAACUACCACAAUCUCGAACUACGUUCAUGAGUCGCUACGCUACUUUUAAAGCAACAAUUUUAUACGACGAGAAUCAAGAGAAAGAUACCUUGCUUCUGAAUAAAACGUGUUGGGAUCUGAUAGAAGAGGAACAACAGAAGAACUCAUCAACUUGGGAAAAAAUAAAUCUCACCGAUCGUGAUAUUAUGAUUCUUUUACACUUAGAACUUAAGUAUUUCCUCGCUCAUCAAAUUCAUUCGGUUGAUCGGUUGGAAAAUUACGAAAACGAGCUGUUUAUUUUCACGCAGUCCAGCGACUUCUUGAAUGAAUGCUACGAAUGAUUCCCUUCAUUUUUUCAUUUCAAAAAUCUGAUUUAAAUUUUGGAAUGAGUUAUAAUUUUUUGCAUUUUUACAAUAUUCAUUUCGAUUUUUAAAAAUUAAUUUCAAUUAUUUUCAAAAAUAUCACCACUGAGCUUUGCUUUCGAGACUCAGAUUCUAAUUCUAUGCAUAUCCUUUGUAAUUGGAACAGCUAUUCUCUUCGAUUACACCUUUUGUACCCAUACCAAACUA